CUCUCUCUCUCUCUCUCUCUUUCUCUCUCUCUCUCUCGCGGCUCUAGCCAUGUUCACCAAGAAGCACAACAAAUUCUUCGACAGCAAACCCUUCCGCAUCACUCUCUCUCUCUCCCUCUUCAUCCUCUUCUCUUUCCCUUCCCUCCUCCUCUUUCGGCUCUGGCCGCAGACACCCUCGCCUUUCCAUCGCAUGCCUCUACAGUCGCUCUUCACCACCCGAAGCACCAGUUACGACAUUGUUGCCGUCUCGACACCUCCUGCUGAGUGCCGCGGAGGGGUCUCAGUCUAUAUCCACGACCCGCCGCCCGAGUUCAACUUCGGGCUCCUCCAGGACUGCCAGCACCUGAACCGGUUCACCAACAUGUGCCCGCACGUGACUAACCGCGGCCUCGGCCAGCCCCUCCCUUCCUUGGGCCUCGGACAUGAGGGGCACGGCGGUGGGAGGACGAGCUUGGUGACGCGGCGGGUCCGCGCGCUGCAGGUGACGCCGAGCCACGAGCCGCCGCACGGGUCCGACGAGUUGGCCCAACCGGCGAGCGAGCCGGAAGUGUCCGCCCAUGAUUUGAAGGCCAGCAGCGCGGCGGAGUACGGCGAAUCGGAGGCGGCGGCCGGGAAGAGGAGAGACGAGGCGAGGGCGGCGAAGAGGAGGAAUCGCGCUGCGGACAUAUCUCUCUAUUUUCCCUCUCUUUUUCCCGGCGCGACUUUCUCGGGAAAGUUGGGGAAGAAAUUGAGGGAAAAUGGCGAGGGCCUUCUUAUCUCGGCAUAGCCGUUGGAAGGGACGAGAGAGACGGGGCUGUUUGGACUUGGGGGCUAAUGAAUGCCCGACGAGGAUACCGUGUCCUGGAGCGCGUCCCUCACACGCCGCACGGUGCAUCCAUGGCGAGGCCAGGCCAGGCCAGGGCUUGGGUUUGGAAAAGGUCAUCAGAUGGGGUCGGGUUCUCGUGAGUUCCCGACCACAAGAAUCCUCCUCUUCCAUUGCAGCUCCCGACCUCUAUCAGUAUCAGCAUUUCUUGCCUAAAUCCCCUUUGUUCUUCUUCGAGUCGCGUUGCAGUUCACUCCUUUUUGGGCUUCUCCGAGCUCUGGUCAUGUCAAGUUUCUCGCUUUCGCUGGUGAGGUGCGGACCCUUCGCUCUGAUUUUGCUUUGUUAUUGCUUGAUUCGUGCCGUCGUUUCUCUUUUGGGUAUGGCUUGAUUGCCGUUCC